CGCGUCCAUCUCGCCUUCGUUUCGCACUCGCGAGACCUGUAACGUCGUGCGUGCGCGAUUAUUCCGAAAGAAGCGCCGAGCGCGACCCGGUGCGCGCUGUUAGAAUCCGUGCGCAACGCGUAAAGGCGGCAACCUCGGAGUAACGAGUCGCCGGAGCACGAGACAACGCGCCGUGUCGUGGCAACGCCGCCGUCACACCGUGUGCGUCACGCGCGUCGCGUCUUCGCUCGCUCCCGUAAACGCUCCCGCGCGACGAAACACCCGCGACGGCCGCGACUCGCUCGAGGUGCGAGCAUACACGUCGGUGCAUAGUGCUCGCGUCGUGGCGCCCGUCGUCGUCGUCCUCAUCUUCGUCGUCGGGCGUCAUUGUGGUUCUCACUUGGUGUCGUGAACUGGAGAAUGUAACGUGUUCUGUCAGUGACAUCAUCGGUGAUGAUCGAUUGUGUGGGAAACAGUGAAUAGAAGCGGGACGUCGUGUCGUGUGUCGCGGAUGUGAAGCGGGAAGGGAGCAGGAAAGUGGACAGAAGCUUUGCCUCGACUUCGCACAACUUUGCAGCGCGGAUAUCAUCUCGAUGCGGCACGUUCGCCUCGCGAUCACCUCGCGCGCGAACGCGCUCUAGGUGCGUCUUGUGUCCGCGCGCGCGACUUAUUUCUCUCCAACGUUAUUCGCUCUUGUUGAUAUCGCGCCAAGGUCAAGCCACGUGUCCGCGCAAGCAAGCGAACGCUCGUAACAUGCGGGAUUGACGAGAGGAGCUCCGACACCCGUGUGUGUGUUUGUGCGUGUGUGUGGACAUCCGAGGUGGUGUAACAACCGCAACGAUGAUGAGGAAGCACGUGUACCCGGCCCGAGCCGUUGUCGCAGCCGUCGGAAAAGUCCUACCGCAAACGGUACUCACCGCCGAACUCUGCUGACGCUCGUCCGCGACAGUUUGAAUUCAGCGUCGGCUGCCGUUUCGUUCCGACCGACGCCGUCCUUGCGCGUGUAUGUGUGAGUCUUUCAAAAUACAGAGGACGAGACGACACAAAAGGAAAAGCAAGCAAGCAGUCAGCGAGAAGGAAUCUGCAGAGAGACACGGAGAGAUAGAGAGAGAAAGAGAGAGAACGAAGGAUUUCAACAGAGCGGAACCGGAGCAAACCGAGUGGCGACGCAGCCCGACGGCCGAUUCGGAAAAAGAAGAAGUGCCGCCGUCGGUCGCCGCGCCGGCGGAGUCCGGAAUUUGGAGCCGCGAUCCCUUGUCCUUUCCGUCGGACGACCUUAUCGUUAACGUGAAAGCCCAGCGUCACGCAGCGCGUCCGAGCGUUUAAGCUUAGCGCGCUAUAACAGUGCCGAGAAAGUGUAGUGAAGUGUCGAGGCUCGCUUGCUUACAUUGUGGGAAAAUACAGCCGCUACGGUGGCUCAGCACGCAGAGUUCCCCGGCGCGGCCAGGGCGUUCAUGGCGCAGCCAAGGUACGAUGAUGGCGGGCUGCACGGGGGUUACCUCGAGGGCGGUGGCGGCGGUGGAGGCGCAGGGCUAUACGAUCCACACGGUAGUGCCCGCGGUGUUCCCGGUCUCCAUCAUAGCCCACACUUGGGAGGUAUGGGUCCAGCCCACCCCCAAUAUCCACCGCCUCCUCCUCAGCCUCCACAACACGUUCUCGCGGCGGCAGCUGCGGCCGCAGCCUCCGCGGUGCCCGAUGUUCACAAACGUGAUAAGGACGCCAUAUACGGACACCCCCUGUUCCCGCUUCUCGCACUCAUAUUCGAAAAGUGCGAGUUGGCAACGUGUACACCGCGCGAGCCCGGUGUAGCCGGUGGUGACGUUUGUUCGUCAGAAAGCUUCAACGAGGACAUUGCCGUUUUCUCAAAACAAAUAAGACAAGAGAAGCCGUAUUACAUUGCGGAUCCGGAGGUAGACUCGCUGAUGGUUCAAGCGAUUCAGGUCCUCCGGUUUCACCUCCUCGAGCUCGAAAAGGUGCACGAGCUGUGCGACAACUUCUGCCACCGGUACAUCAGCUGCCUGAAGGGCAAGAUGCCGAUCGACCUCGUGAUCGACGACCGAGAGAGCUCGAAGCCACCCGAGCUGGGUAACGGUCUGGACGGCAGCGGACCCAGAAGCACCGCUGACAGCACCAGCCACACGGACGGGGCCAGCACGCCGGACGUCAGGCCGCCUUCCUCGUCGCUUUCGUAUCCCGGCGCGGGUGCUAACGAUGAUGCCCGCAGCCCCGGAAGUGGUGGUACACCUGGACCUCUCAGCCAGCAAGCGCCAGCCAGCUUGGAUUCAUCGGACCCAGAUGCAAUGGGCAAAUGGUGUCCUCGUAGGGAAUGGAGUUCGCCUCCGGACGCGCAACGCGCGGCGACCGACGCGCGUCGUGGUGUCCUUUAUUCCUCAGUCUUCCUCGGCAGUCCCGGUGACGCGAGUAACGCGAGUAUCGGUAGCGGCGAGGGCACGGGCGAGGAAGAUGACGAUUCGUCAGGGAAGAAAAACCAAAAGAAACGAGGUAUCUUUCCUAAAGUUGCGACGAACAUCCUCAGGGCGUGGCUCUUUCAACAUCUCACGCAUCCGUAUCCCUCGGAAGACCAGAAAAAACAGUUGGCACAGGACACGGGGUUGACGAUCCUGCAGGUUAAUAAUUGGUUCAUAAACGCGAGACGUAGAAUCGUUCAACCAAUGAUCGACCAGAGUAAUCGAGCCGUGUUUCCACCAUUGUCCGCAGGACCAAGUGGGGCAUACAGUCCGGAUGCGACGAUGGGCUACAUGAUGGACGGACAGGCCAGCAUGAUGCACCGACCGCCCGGCGAUCCUACCUUUCACAAUCAGUAUCAUUAUCCAGAAUACUACGGACAUCACUUAUAAAGACUGAGGAUCGCCAACCUCGGAUGUUUCAGGAGUACUUGCAAAAUGGAAUGGGUGAAACGAUGGUUCUAGCAACACGAAAAGCGUGAUGGACCUAUUGUGCUCCAGUUGGCGUAGAUCAGAAUCGGAGGACAACGAUGAUCCGUGACCUCCAGGACGAUCACCAUGGCAGUCUUGAAGAUUUCUUACUACGCCACACGUCGAAAUUCGUGAUACUUGGGUGCUUGGGGAUGAGGGAGAAAUACAAAAAGAAAAGGACGAAGGAGUCAAGUUCCCGUUUAAAGGAGAAAGGACACGGUAGAUGAAACGCCGCAGGAGGCCGACGAGAUCUUAGAGACCGUCGAAGGAAGAAGGACGGUUCCACAGCGGAGCAAAGUGACUACGAACGCGAGGAAAAAGGACGAGGGGAAUGAAGCCGCGGCUUGGUCUCGAGAGUGACGCGGUCGCGAAAAAAUUCAUGUGAUUGUUCUUUGUACAAAUAUCGCGGUGUAAUAUUGUAGUGAUUGAAGAAUUUAAAUGUUAAAUUUUAAUACAGUCGCGAUCGAGAUAUAUUAAUGAAAUAUAAGUGAUAUAUAGGCAAUUUAGCGGGCAUGUACAUUAAAAAAGGAGAGGCAAAUACACACCCGGUGCUCGCACGGAAUAGAAAAUAUGUUCAAUGCACAGACGACGCAAAAGAGGUAAAAAAGAGAGUACGAGAAACACACGAAGAAGAAGACAAACUAAAUGGCAGUAUAUAUAUAUAUAUAUAUAUGUGUGUAUGUAUACAUACAUAUUAUAAAUAAAUAUAAAUAGCAAGACAGAAAAUGAAAAGAGAAAGAUUAUUAGAUGGCACGGGAGAUGUUUAAAGAUAUAUGAAAGCAAACUGACGCAAAUACAAAGGAGAAUUAGGUCGAACGACAUCGAC